AUGUAUCUUUUAACCCUCCCACCUGAGCUCAAGCUCAUGAUCGUCGACCAACUCGAUCCCAUUUCAAGUUUCAAAUUUGCGAUAUCAUGCAAGUCUCAUUGGGCACUUUGCAAACCACUUAUGGAACGCGCACAUUCCUGUGCGAAAUACCAGACACUCAGUUUUGAUGUGUAUUCAGGCCCGGAAGGCCAGCUACUUUGGCACAUUGCCAAAGAGAUUCUCGAUGACCCUUAUCGAGGAGAAUUUGUGCAAGACAUCAGUCUCCCCUCUCAACGGCAUCAUUGGGACGAAAAUGCGGUAUCAUAUCCAAUGCAACCACAAACAAAUUUGCGAUUACCACCUAUACCUUACAAUGAGGCUUUCUCAGAGUCUGUGCAACAAAUCACACGAGUAAUACCGGAUCCACCAGGGGAGAUCAGCCUCCGGUUGUGCCUCGAGGAAGCAAUUGCUCAAGGUGAAAGCGAUUGCCCGUUGGUUUUUCUUGUGCAUAACGCUCCGAACUUGAACACGCUGCGGGUCACAGGCUUGGAAUAUGGAGGUCUAUUUUACUUCUAUAUUCGAAAUACAAUUAAGGCUUUCGCAGACCCUGUAUGGGCACCAAAGCUUUCAUUGCAACACCUGACAACGGUGGCCAUGGCACACCAUGACACAGAAGGACAUAUACCAGCAGAUUGGUGCCGAUAUAUCAUCUGUAUUCCGUCAUUGCGUGCAUUUGUUGCAUCGAUGAUAGGGGGUCGAUGUGAUAGGCUGGCGGGGGAUUCUGAGGCAUUCGACGAGGAUGAGCAGUAUCUUUGGAUGGACGACGAUCCAGCAUUCCAGGAAGAAGAUGACGAGAGCGCGGACGAGGAGCGUGAGCGGCCCCGGCCCUGCCUUCCCAUGUCUAAUGUCGAAGAGCUCAUGUUCUCCUCAUCUGCACUAGAUGUCAAAAGAGGCUUAGAGAGAAUUCUUUGCGGUGUCACAGCUCUGAGAAGGUUUUACUACGAUGAAGGCGGAGCAUUGGUCGAUGAUGAACCCUACACCCCCAAAAGGAUUAUCAAUGCGCUCGUCAAACAUACUGGACAUUCGUUGGAGAAUCUGGUCAUGGAAUACGCGAUGGUCGAAGAUUAUGUGGACAUGCAGUUCGAUUUCGAACGCGUUUCCCUACGUCGUUUCAAGAAACUGAGAACUCUAAGAUGCGACUGGAAGAUAGUUUAUCCCAACAAUUUGACAGCCGAGGAAAAGGCGACGUUUGACCUCAGGGAAAUUCUUCCUUCCUCACUUGAAGCACUACAUCUUCACGGCGAUUUUGACGAUGCCGAAUGGGAGGCCAUCAAGAAGAUCCUCGUAGGCACAAGAGAGAGUGUGCCGAAUUUGCACAAUAUCUACAUUCAAAGAGGUUCUAGGAGAUCAGACAACGUUGCGAAAUCUGAAGCAGGAGAGAAGGUUUCUUCGGAAUGGGUACACCGGCUGUUUACCUAUCUAAAAGGACAAGGCUGGUGA